GAUGCCAGCCAGACUGCUUCUACUUCUCUGUCUGAUCGGACCCGUGUUUGCUGAAAAAAGCCCUGAUGUGGAUUGCUUGGUGGUAAGUCUGGAUUAUGUUUCCUGCACAUGGAAUAAGACCGGGACUCCUGAGGUCAACUACACCUUCUACAGCAAGUUGGGCAAUGACCAAUGGAAAAUAUGCAACCACUAUUUGACAGAGAACAACAUGAACAUUGGAUGUAACCAGGAGAUAGAUUCGGGAGAUAGAUUCAAAACAUUUCAAACUCGACUGAUAUAUGGCAACGAUAAUUUUGAGAAGGGUCACGAGCUUAAAAUCAAGUCAAGUUAAACCCACCAACCGACCUGACUGUCCUGAAUGGAUCGGACUUUAACCUGUGGUUUUACUGGAACUACACUUCUCCUGCUCACUUACACUGUGUGGAGAGUGAGGUCCGCUUAAGGACAAACAACAAUAACUGGGAGUUCUCUAAAGUUAGCGCCGGGAUACAGAAAUACUGCAUCAACUUGCCCUCAAGCAGUUCCCGAUAUGAGCUGCAAGUGCGGAACAGAAUAGAUGAAACCUGUGGAGAGUCCAUAUUCUGGAGUGACUGGAGUGAGCCUGUGGUCUGGGCAUCCAACAACAGCACAGGUUAAAAAUUGUACAUGUCAUGAAGAAAAGAUAUCAUUUUUUUCCAAAACAGUCAUUAAAUGGCUGCUUAAACAUGGCAGAUGUUAUAUUUGAUGUACUGUCGCUUUGGCCACCGGUCAUUUAUGGGUUCAAACAAAUGACAUGAGGCUGGAAUAAAAUGUAUCCAUCAA